UCCUACCAGUCAAAGGACGAAUGUGAGAUUUUCCUUAUCGAAAUUCGAACGACCUGUGGAGGUUUUUUGGCAUUCUAGGGUUUUCGAUUGGCCGAAUUUUCUGCAACAACGUCUUGAUUGACUCACUUCAGUUGGAAGCUGGCGGUUUCUGCAAUGGAAAUUUCGAAAUUUUCUGCGCUGUGUUCGAAUUCUGGAAUAAAUCAUGCGAGGCUCUCCAGCUAUGCUAGCGAUGUUUCAAUGUCUGCUACCGGAGAAAGCAGACAUUUGCCUGGUUCGUGCAUCAACAAUGGUGGACUUCUUGCGAGUAAUCUCCUCAAUUUGCCUCGUAAGCGACGCUGCAUAGUUUCAAAUGGAAAUGGCGCCAGAGGAGCUAAAAUUCGUCCUGGUUUUGAUGGUCUUCCUUCAAGCGCAAAACACUUCGGGCAAGAAUCCAGAAGGCAUUCGACGAUACCAUGUCACGUGACAAGGGAAGAGUCGGGAGGGUCCUUAAGCGGCGAAAGCAUUCUACUCAACGAGCAAACUCUGGAACGGGAACUGGAGAUCGCGAUCCAAGAAGAGAACUAUGCCCAAGCAGCAAAAAUCCGCGACAGUCUCCGACAUCUGCAGGAGGAUAUCAAAUCAUCUGUAUUAGCCGCAAACGCCCGAUUCUACAACUCGUUCCGGGCUGGAGAUUUAGCUGCGAUGCAAGCCCUGUGGUCGAAGGGCGAGCACGCUUGCGUCGUGCACCCCGGGGUGAGCGGCAUUUCGGGAUACGAUCUCGUGAUGGGGAGCUGGGAAUUCGUGUGGGCAGAUUACGAGUUCCCUCUGGAAAUCGAGAUCAAAGACGUGCAGGUUCAUGUCAGGGGCGAUGUCGGUUACGUAACGUGCAUCGAAAUGGUUAGGACUAAGGGCAGCAGCUGGGGUCGACAUUUCGCGACUAAUGUCUUCGAGAAGGUUGGUGAUCAGUGGUGUAUAUGCAUUCAUCACGCUUCUUAUGUCGAUAUUUAAAAUCUAAAAUCGAGCAUGCGUACGUUAUUACAAUCGAUCGAGAACCCGACGUUUCGACUUGUAGUGUUUGAAAGUAAUGUUGUUGCUGCUGCUGCUGCUGUUUUUGCAUUCUAUGAGAAAAGAAUAAGUGUCCGAA